GGGGCGGCUCCCGGACGUGAGGCGGCAGCGGGGCCAUGGAGCUCGGGGACCGCGGCGGGGCCGGGCCCGGCCCCGGGAAACCGGCCCUGGAGCGAGAGGGCCUCGAGCUGCUGCAGCACACGGUGGGCGCCCUGCUGUCGAGCUAUGGCUGGUACAUCCUCCUGGCCUGCGUCGCCAUCUAUCUCAUCGUCCAGAAGAUAUCCCCAUACUUGAGGAUGAGGCCCAGCAGCCAGCAAGGAGCAACUGGCGCAGCUGUCGAGCCCGACAUGGUGGUAAGAAGACAAGAAGCUUUGUUGGCGUCUCGCCUGAGGAUGCAAGAGGAGUUGAAUGCACAAGCAGAAAGAUACAAAGAAAAACAAAGACAGCUUGAAGAACAGAAGCGAAGGCAGAAGAUAGAAAUGUGGGAAAGCAUGCAAGAAGGAAAAAGUUAUAAAGGAAACCUGAAACUGAGUCAGCAAGAAGCAGAAUCUGGUGCCUCCACCUCAUCAGCAGUCCCGAAAUCUAAACCAAACAAGAAGCCCUUGCGAGGAGGUGGCUAUAACCCCCUGUCUGGAGAAGGAGGUGGAACUUGUUCCUGGAGACCGGGCCGCAGGGGCCCCUCUGCGGGUGGAUGAGGCUAACCUGCCUGGGGUCCCUUCAGCAUACCCACUGUCUGCCUGCCUACAGUUUGCAUGUCACACUGACUCCUUUGGGAUUUGUUUGAGCGUGGGUGUUAACACAGAUUUACACCAUUUCUGAGUAUUAACAGCAGCGGAUGCUACACGGGGAAAAAUAUCUGAUCCUCUUAGAGAGGAUGAAGGAAGAAACAAUGUCAGUAUAGUUAGUCACUUUAUUUUCUCCUUAGUGAGGAAGCAGUUUUCAGCCAGGAUGAUCGCUUGUGGUUGUGAAAGCUGGGUUCUAUGGCUGGCCGUGCAGUAGUCUGGCCUCAAACAAAUCAAUGUCUAGACCUCUGUUUACCUGCUUAAAAUGAGGGGAUUCACCAACCUUAGACGUGUAAUGGGAUUUACAGUUUGUCUGGAAGGUAUAUAUAGGAGGGAAGGAUAUUCUCAUUGGCAGACAGGUUCAAUUUUAGAAGGAGGGACUUUAAGGAAACCUGGAUGAACUGACAGGUGUGUUGGGUUUGCACCAGAAGCUCGUUACUGCGGGAGAGUCUCUGUGACAAGCUGCUCUGUAUGAUGUUUUCCUUAUAAAUGGUAAACAAACCAAUGAGGAUUACUGAUGCUAGACAGCAGAUGGGGGUUUCUUGCUAUUCUUUUUUUUUAUUUUCAACUGCUUUGUAAAAACGAUACAAUUAAUAUUAAAUAUAAUUGCAAACAAAUCAUAAA